AUGCCUUCCACCAGCAGUCCUCAUAUUCACAACUUUACUUUAAAAAAGUACUCCAAGUUUACUCACAACACCUGGAGUCACCAUCCAUACCGCACUGACUUGUCGAUAACAUUCAUUCAACCAGCCAAAGAUGGUGGCGGCAGCAGCAACACAGACAAAGACAUAGAAGUUGUUGUGCACUGGAAGGGAGUCCCCGUGGAUAAAUACACAUUAUUUGUGAAUGAUAGAGUGAGGACAUCAAUUUUAGUUAAGAGUCCAAACAUUGGCAUCAAACAAUGUCAUUUAACCAAAAGUGGUGAUUUAAUCUUUCGGUUUCAAAUCAGUCUUGUUGACGAUGCUGAGUUUGAAAAGUGUCACAGUUUUUUACGAAGUUGUCAAUUCAAACACACAAACAGUUUGAAUAUGGCUGAGGCUGGUUUAUAUCAAGGUUCAGAUGCAUCAAGCCAGAUUAGACAAGAAGUGGCUAGUUUGAAUUUUCCCCAUAGUCCCCCCACUGGAAACAAUACCCAGAGUAGCUUAAGGCACGUAUAUUUGACUGAUACAUUGCCAUAUCUGCCGCCCAAAUCAACUCAGUUUAAGGAAACAGAUAAGGUGUCUGACCUAUUGCAGCAAAACUUUUCGCAACAUCUGGUCCAACUGCUUUGGCCACUGCAAAUACAGGCAUGCUUGCAACCGUCACGGGCUACACAGCUUGCCCUUGAUUCACAAACCAUUCAGUAUGGUCAAGAGUUGACAUCACAGUCAGUUGAACCAACACAAACUCAGUCAUCCCUGCAGCAGCAAUUACAACAGCAAUUUCUACAGUGGCAACAAAAUUAUCAGCAACAAUUAACCCCAAACUACUCGAAAUUGCCACAGCCUCACCACUUUCAACAAUUUGUGCCCCCAAUUUCGGAAAAACCAUUACCACAACCUCCUUCAAUGUCACAACAACUGAACUUACAAAACUUCCAACCCCCUUCUGUAAUACAUGGAUCCCAAGCAACAGAGAAAGCCUCGGAAACGUCUACAACUCUCAUCGAUUCCAUUCCACUUAUUUCGAUAAAUAAUGUAGAGGAUUUAAAAUAUUUGACUGACUCUGAGUUAAGUACACUCAUAAAGAGACAAUGUCAACUGAGUGAGUUUAGAAAUCUUGUAAAGAGGCUAGACAAUAUUUUGGAGAAGAACAGUUGA